GUAGGAAGCGGCCGCCGGGCCGGGCGGAAGGCGGCCGCGACGUGUGCGGAUGUGGUGGCAGCUCGUGAUUGGCUCCUGGGAACGAGGCGGGGAGGGUGGGGUCAAGCGUCAACACGGAAGCGCGGAGGGAGGCGGCGGCGGCUCCGUCCCGGCGCAGAGUAAGUCAGUGCUGCAGCAGCUUUGAUGUGCCUCAUUAUGCCUGACCAUGCCAAUGUCAGCCUCCCACCAGAGGAGCGUGUCCGAAGCCUGAUCCAGAUGGGGAGCGCUGUUGAAGUGAAUGAGGAUGUCCCACCGCGACGCUACUACCGCUCUGGCGUGGAAAUCCUCCGCAUGGCGACGAUUUACUCAGAGGAGGGAAAUAUUGAGCAUGCCUUCAUUUUGUACAAUAAGUACAUCACGCUCUUCAUUGAGAAGCUGCCAAGGCAUCGUGAUUACAAAACUGCUGUCAUACCUGAAAAGAAGGAAACAGUGAAAAAACUGAAAGAAGUAGCCUUCCCUAGAGCUGAAGAGCUCAAGAAGGAGUUGUUAAAGAGGUACGCCAAGGACUAUGCUAAGUACAGUGAGCAGAAGAAAGAGGAGGAAGAGGAAUUUGCACGCAACCUGGCUUUGCAGCAGCAACUGGAAGAGGAGAGAAAUCGUGUAGCCCUGAUGAAGCAGCAGCAGGCAGAACAAGAGCAGUUUCAUGUCUUUGAGGAGAUGAUUCGACAGCAGGAGCUGCAGAAGGAACGUCUGAGGAUAGUGCAGGAAUAUGGAAAGCCAAAGCCAAAUCCAGAGUCUCUGGAUGGACCCCUCAUCCCUGAUAUGGAAAAGCCCCCAAGUGAUUUGACCCCACAGGUUCCUGUCUCUCCAGUUCACUCUGCAAGUCCAUCAGUGGAGAUUGUCUCACCCAAACCUCCUGUUGUGGACAGAUCUUUGAAACCUAGUGCUUUGGGGAACACAGAAAACAUUGCAAGCAUGGAUGCCCUUCGCCAGGUCAUUGUCCCUAGGGAGUUGUGCCAGAAAUUCCUCCAGCUGGCUGAUGCCAACACAGUCCGAGGUGUGGAGACAUGUGGGAUCCUCUGCGGUAAGCUGAUGAGGAAUGAGUUCACGAUAUCCCACGUCAUCGUUCCCAAGCAGUAUGGAGGCCCUGACUAUUGCAACACAGAGAAUGAGGAGGAACUUUUCCUGAUCCAGGAUCAGCAUGGCCUUGUUACACUUGGCUGGAUCCAUACUCACCCCACACAAACAGCGUUCCUCUCCAGUGUGGACCUGCACACACACUGUUCCUAUCAGAUGAUGUUGCCAGAGUCCAUUGCUAUUGUGUGUUCUCCAAAAUACCAGGAGACAGGGUUUUUCAAGCUGACAGAGCAUGGCCUGGAGGAGAUCUCUUCCUGCCGGCAGAAAGGAUUCCACCCGCACUCCAAAGACCCUCCUCUCUUCACUACCUGCAAUCACGUGUCACUAGUCGAGAGAGAUGUGGUACUGAUGGAUCUCCGAUAGGCCUCUUGCCUUAACCAUUUACUGUAAAACCAUCUUACCUUCCUUCUAUGCCUAGGGAAGUUUUUCUUUCCCCCUUUAGCAGAUGAUUUCUACCGUGUAAUGACCCCACUUCCUUCCUGAGUAGUCACAGCAAAAUCAGUUCCCUGACCUCAGUGGGAGCAUGUGAAAUCCUGUUGCCUGGUGUUGGACUGGUGAAGUGGUGUUGAGGUUCAAGGUGUGGGGAAAAGCUAACUAGAAAUUCAGACAGAAGCUAACACUGAAGCAAUUGCUUAAUCUGUGGCUUGAUCAGCAUCUUGGGGGUUUCCCUGUGAACUGCUGCAACCUUGAGGUGUGAAAUCACUUCAAGCGCUUUCUGAAGUGGGACUUGCCCAAAUUAACCCAUACUUCGCUUUGCCUCUCUUUCUGGGUUGAUAAAUUGUGGCCUGAGUGUGGCUGGUUGGAGUAGAUGAAUCUUUGCUUAGUUUAAAAUUAAACCUUCCUAACACCUCUCA